AUCUUUAACCUUCAAAAAAUUAAUUUAUAAUAAAUAACAAAAAGUAGUACAAAAUCAAAACAUAAAUAUAAAACAAAGUGCCCCUUAAAAGAAUAUCUAAGAAGUAUUUAAAGAAAACAUAAACAAUAAUAUUCUACUCAUUGUUUCCGGAAUAAGAAUUGAAUUGUUGCUGAUCAUUCCUCUAAUUAAAUAUUCUGACCUUCGAAAAGAAAGGCGCAAUAAUGAACAAAAAACCAGCAAAAGAAUCUUCAGUUAAAAAUAGAAGAAAGUUUAUCAGUCCCCUGUUUCACGUUCAAACCAAAGACGAAGACGAGAAGCACCUAUCGAAUAUCGUAAUCAAGAAUGUCAAGACAACUGGGGUUUUAAAUUUGCAUGGCAAACAUCUCAUGUCAGUUCCAGAUCGUUUAUUUACAAUAUACAAUGAUGGACAUGUAGAUUUAGACUUUAAUAGUGCCUGCAAAGACGACGAUUUGUGGUGGAAUGUCAAACCUUUAACCAACUUAGAUUUAAGCUCUAACGUUUUAACAGAAAUACCCAGUCAAAUUGGCAUGUUUCAGGAUUUAACCACUCUUAAUUUGCAAGACAAUUCUCUAACAACCUUGCCUGUGGAAAUAACCAAUCUAACUAAAUUAACUAAACUGAUUCUUAACCGUAACAAGAUUAACCAAUUACCAAAAGAUAUUGAUAAACUAUUGGAUUUAAGGAUAUUAAGUGUCAGUUAUAAUUGCAUUGGAGAAUUACCUGAUACUUUAGUGGACCUGGUUAUGUUAGAAAAAUUGGAUUUAUCUAACAAUGCAAUAGCAGAACUACCUUGUGGAGUUGGAUUUUUGGUUCGUUUACAAGAAUUUGAUGUGUCAAAUAAUAAAUUAACUGAAUUACCGCCCGAUAUUGUUAAUAUAAGAAGUUUAAGGAUUUUAAAUAUUAACCAUAAUAGUAUUAAACAUUUAUCUGAGAGCUUGGGGGAACUGAGGAAGCUUCAGAUAUUUCAUGCUCAACACAAUGAUAUUGAAGAAAUACCCGAUUUUACGGGGUGCGAAUGUAUACAGGAAAUUUAUUUGGGAAAUAAUUUUAUUAAGGAAAUCCCUGAGGAUCUUUGCGAAAAUUUGCAACAUUUAAAAAUAUGGGAACUAAGAGAUAACCAAAUAUCAUUUCUACCAAAGGAAAUUGUUAAGCUUGUUCAUUUAACAAAACUUGAUUUAACAAAUAAUGAAUUGACAGAAAUCCCUGCUGCUAUUGGUUUAUUGCCUCAUCUGCAAUCAUUCAAACUAGAUGGUAAUAAACUAAAGCAAAUACGGCCAGAUAUAAUACAAACAGGGACCCAAAGAAUUUUGCAAUUUUUGAGGGAAAAAUUAAAUGAAGAUGAUUUAAAUUCAAUGACAACAAAUUUUGCUAAUACUCCUAUUGAUGCCUGUGUAUUUCCUGAUAGAUAUAAAAUGAGGAAUGGUAAUAUAUUAAAUUUGACAAUGAAAAAUUUAACUUUAGUACCUGAAGAAGUAUUUGAGGAAGCUAAAGAAGCCAGAGUUUCUGUUGUGGAUCUUUGUAAAAAUAAAUUAACGCAAUUUCCUUCUGGUUUAAUAAUGCUCUCUAAUUAUAUAACUGAGUUGAAUUUGUCUACAAAUCAAUUGAAAGAAGUACCUGAUGCAGUAGCCAGCUUGGCUAAAUUGAAGUUUUUAGAUUUAAGCAAAAAUAUGUUGAGUGAUUUGCCUGAAAAUUUGAAGAGUAUGACAAAUUUAAGGGAACUUGUUUUGUUCAAUAAUAGUUCAAGUGAGAUGCAGUAUCAAUUUUUCACGCUUCUCCCCAGGUUCCAAAAAAUGCCCAAUUGCGUCUAUGGCAUGAUAGGUUUAGAGAUUCUUAUGCUAAAUGACAACAGCUUGGAGGAGAUUAACAUGGAAGGCCUGAAAAACCUAAAUCGAUUGGCUACUUUGAAUCUGUCGAAUAACAAUAUUGGCUUUGUUCCGCCCGAAUUGGGAGAUAUGACUCAUUUGAAGUGUUUGAAAAUAAAAGGCAACCCUUUCAGGCAACCACGGUAUGCUAUAUUGGAACAAGGUACUGAGUCAAUCCUUGCUUAUUUGAGGGACAAAAUUGUCCGAUAGGUCAUUAUAAGCUGAUUUUGGUUUAACACAAUUUACGUCAUGAUAGUUUUAGCCCAAACUAAAUCAUAAUUCUCAUAUUCCCGCUCACAUUCUUCUCUUCAUUUUCUUGCUGUCUGCUUGGAUAACUAAUUUUUUUAAUGUGCUUCUUCAAUGACGUAAAAAGUAAAACUAUUAUAAGCAAUAAGCAUAAGGUAGGUAUUUUGAGAAUCAUGCUUGAGAGUUUGGUUGAGAUCCCACGUAAUUCUCUUUUAAAAGUUCUUCAACUUUCUCAAAAGGUCUCGUAUGGAUUAAUUGAACAGUCUCAGAUUACCGAGCUUUUUUCUCACUACUUGCUUAUUAGUUUCUGCAAAAAAAUAUAGAAUGGGCGAAUUUACUAUUCCUGUGGUUUAACGUGAUAAUCGUUUUGCCUGCAGAAGUAGAGUAACUAUGCUACCAAUAAUGUGAUACCUUUUAAAAGGACAAAUUUUUGAAAUAUUUCGCCAACCAUUGAAUUAUUGUAUUGUUACUUCAUUCUGGUUAAACAAAAAUACUCGAGCAUGAUUUUUAUGAUAUUCCAAAAAGACAUUAGAUUAAAGAUUUGAAACUUGAUGUGCUAAUAAAGUGUGGUAUUAUAGUGUUAAGUGGUCACGUGCUCAGAAAAGUAUUAUCAAAAUAAUAUAGUUUUAUACUUGUAAAUUGAUACUUUAGGAUAUUGGUCUAUUCAAGGAAAAACCAAAGAUUUUCGUGUUGGAAUAGAUUUGAAACUAAUGCUGGGUCCAGACCAAGCAGACAACAGCGACAAGGCAAAGACAUAAAUCCGAUACAUCACGUAACUGAACUGACAAUUUAUUUAUGGAAUACCUUUUUCGCUUUCUUAAGCUUGGUCUCACCCAAAAACGUUUCCGUUUCAUUUGUCCAACAUUGGAUGAAGAUGAGAGAAUAGCUGGCGGCUAGCAAUAAAUCUUCAUUGUUGGAAUUUUCUUUCUGGAAACUCCACAUGAUUAAGCAACUGAUUCGCAUCAACCAACGACCAAAUUUUGUUGCACAUUUCUGUCUUUCUAGGAUGGACAGUUUGUCUCAAUUUUGUCUUGUUUCAAUUUUGUCUUGUCUCAAUACCCAAAUUUCUGUCGUGUUUUUGUCUCAAAAUCGUGUUUACUUUUUGUUUGCUUGGGUCUGAACUCAGCAUAAGUACCUAACAGUUUCUUCUGUUGAGAAACGCAGCUUUUUUUUUGUGAUAGUUGCAUGUUAGUUUCUUUUUUUAUCCUAUUAGAUUAUAUGUUAUUUUGUUAUGUUGUUAUUAUGUUAUUUAUUAUUUUGUUGGGCCAAAUUGAUUGGCAGCACAGUGUUUUGAACAGAAAUUUCAGAAAAACAAUGUAUCUGUCAACAGUCAAGAGAUUUGGACGAUUGUAUAAUAUGGUAGAGUUUAUUUUAAGAAAUUUGCAACGACUCUACACACUGUGCCAUUUCAAAGUGAGUUCUUUAUUAUUAUUUUUUUUAUGUAACAUUUUAAUGGGUAGGUAUGUGUCGUUUUAUAUUUUUAACAAUUUUCAGCUUUUCAUUUUUCUAGUCAUUCAUAACUAGGGUACAUACAUAUAUUUGAUAAAAUCGCGCUAGAAAUGAAUUAUGAAUUCUGUGGGAGCUAAUGGCCGUUCACACUGACCAUUUUAAAGAAGCCUUAGCGAUGUGUAUUUCUUAAAAUGACAUUUUUCCAUGUGAAAAUGUCAUGUUAAGGAAUAAUCGUUUAUGGUGGGUUUACAAAAAAAAAUAACACUUAAACUAAGAAUUGACAAUUAACUUAAAUAAUUGAGGUUAUGAUAAGUAAUAUAGUGGUUCAUAAAAAAAAUUGAGACUUUAUCAACUAAGAAUAAUUAGGAACUACAUAAGCGUACUUGAUUGUAAGUUAAUUUUCUUAAAUUAGUUUAAGUGUUAAUUUUUUUUUUUAUAAACCCACCAUAAGGCUUCCUUAAAAUGGUCGGUGCAAACGGCCAUAAGUAUCAUAGGCUAAAUUGAAAUUGUUAAUGUAUUGAAAACUAAUGUUGUGGAGAUUCUAAAACCGAAGGUAAUUCAAAAUUAGCCUAUGGAAAAGGGCAAUAUUCUCAGAAAACGGAAUAUUCGUACCAUUGUAUAGAACGUAACGAGUACUAAUAUGACCGUAAAAUCCAAAAAGGCCCCUGAAGAUAUAAAUAAUUGAAUGAUAUGACAUAUUCAAGAUAUGAAGAUUUGUAUAUAGUUUCAAAAAUUUUAAAAACCAAGUAGGUAUAGCAUUGAGGCUCAUGCCUCAAAAAAACUAAAAAUACAUACUAUUUUCUCGGGUUUAUCUUGGGAAAAAAUUACGAAAAAUAUUGUACUUGAUAUAUUGAUCAUAACAUCAACCAUAAUAUUUUUCUGUCUUUUGAUAACCAACUUGUGGCAAUUGAUAUGAGAAAAAUCAAAUAAAAC